AUGGAUUCUGGUCCAGCGAAUGUCAGCAACUCACAAACCAUCUCUUAUGUUGCUGAUACAGAGAGGGAAAUCCCGCAAAUUCCUUUAAAUCCUUUAGAACUUCUGAAUCAGUAUGCUCCAAAGGUGAAGCGUCUGAGAGUGGAAGAUUCCAGUGAGAAAAAAUCUGAUCCUCCACCUAAUCCUGCUAGUUCUGGUCACGGUCAAGCAAUCCCAGCUGCCAGCAUCAUCAAGAUGGCAAAAGCUCGACUCCUUCAGUUAAAUUCCCAAAAGGCCGAUAUUGUUUCCUACGCUUCGACUUCUUUUGGUGCUCAAUGUGGGCUCCCUUCUGCUGCUGCUGAAGACUUCGAGCUUGCACUGCGACUUCUAGCUGCUGCUGAAAAGGUGGCCAAGCAACAGUUUGUUUAUGCAAGAAAGCUGCUCAGCUUGUGCGAAAGCAGCGUUUCUCAAAGCGGUAAUCCUAUUCAAAGAGUUGCUUACUAUUUUGCUGAUGCUCUGCAAGAAAAGAUUGAUAAAGAGUGGGGACUAGUUUCAUCCGAAGAAAUGGAAAGAAUAAGAAAGGGGCCAACUGAUGUGGAGCAAACCAUGAUUAGAUUGCGACCCGAAAUGACGAGAUGUCAACAAGAAAUCCCUUUUUGUCUAUACACUCAAUUCACUGCAAUUCAAUCCAUUCUGGAUUGCGUGGCAUCGGCAAAAAGGGUUCAUCUAAUAGAUUUUGGAAUUGAUAAUGGCUCACACUGGACAUUGAUCAUGCAAGCAUUUUCUGUCAGAUUCGAAUGCCCUCUCGAACAUCUCAAGAUUACAGCAGUUGGGGCCUCUAAGCAGAUGAUGGAAGACACAGGUAAGUGGCUAUCCUCUUUCGCCGAGACCAUCAGUUUACCGUUUUCAUUCAGCAUUAUUGUAUCAGAGAUGGAGGAUCUCAAGGAAGGUCGGUUUGGAUUAGAAGCUGACGACACUCUGGCAGUUUACUUGGGGUUGCGACUUUGGACUCUGUUACCGUGGCCUAAUCAAUUGGACAAGUUUAUCAAAUUGAUUAGAAACCUCAACCCCCGUCUAAUUGUAGUUAACGAAAUGGAAGCGAGCAUAAAUUCACCAGACUUCCUUAAACGAUUUAACGAAUCAAUUCAUGUUUUUAGUGCAAUUUUUGAUUGCAUCAAUUCUUGCAUGUACCACAGAGUCAUGUUCAGGAAGCUGAAUGAAGAAGUUAUCUUUCCUGGGAUGAUCCGAAACAUUGUCAUAGCUGAGGGUAUUGAGUGGAUUCAGAGGUAUGAAAAGAUAAGUUUCUGGAGGGCCCUUUUCGGAAAGUUUGGCAUUGUGGAAACAGGCAUGAGCCGGCCUCCGCCAGAUCAAGAAAUCUUGUUCCUCAGAAGUUCAGACCGGUUGACUUCUUGCACCGUGGAAUUGGACGGGAAAUGUCUGCUCCUGGGGUGGAAGGGUUCAGCAAUUCAGUCUGUUUCUGCCUGGAAGAUCAAGCAGGACGACUGA